AUGGCAGAGGCGGAUACGAAUUCGGCGACCGUAGACAGCACGUUACAAACGAGGGCGCUCAUGUACAUUGGGGAUUCGGCGACACUGUCCUACCUCAACUUGUUUCGCCGCAUGGUUGAGAGCAUCAACGGCGUGUCCGAUUUCACAGGCGAUACCUACAAGGAGAAAAUCACCAUCGGCCUGGUCGACAUCUUCGAUAAGCAAAGAUUUCGCGAAGACUUCGACACGUGUUAUUCGAACCCGCUUUCUGCCAACAACCACUUCCUUUGCCUGCUUUUUCUCACCUUCGCCAUUGGUCUGGUGAUGGCAACGCCAGAGCCCGGGACGAGGGAAGAGGCCGUCAUUCGCCACCUGCGCGGUGGGAAUGCAGACGAGCAAGCCGAGCUGUUCUUUCGAAGCGCCAAACGUCUCGGCGACCCGUUAAACGGCUUUGAGGACGCAGAUUUCUGGUCCAUCCAAGCCCUCUCGCUGAUGUCCGUCUACAUGCUAUCCGUAUCUAAGCGGAAUGCUGCAUUUGCUUACCACGAAGCAGCCCUACAAGACGACAUUGAACAUUGCAUGCCGUCGGCCGCUGGCUUCACUGCUGCUUCGUUUUCAGCAGAGUCUCCAGAAGAGCAGGUGCAUUCCCACGGAAUGAACGCAUCUGUCAUCCGCGACAUUCGACAGCAAUGCGACUCGUGGACACAGAAUCUGCCUGACUGCUUACGCUGGCAACGCCUUAAGCAGCCUGCCCUGCACAACAACAUCAACAGCGGAUAUCCCUCACACGCCCACAAACACGGGUUGGCUGUACUGCAUGUCAACCUGCUACAUUAUCACUCUAUCAUCCUGCUCACACGGCCCUUCUUUCUCUUCCUGAUACAGAAAGACCAUCGAGGGCCCGUUCCGUCGCAGCCACGUGCACGCACAGAGAAGUUCUCGGAGGUCUGUGUGGCAGCCUCCUACCAGACGAUUUCGAUGGUCCAAAGUGCCCGUGAGGCGAUGUGCCUCCCUCAAAGAAACCCCUUCGUGAUCAACGAAUUUGUGGUCCUAUUCUACACGCCGAGCUACGGAGUGGCGAUCAAGAAGGCGAUCUCCAUUAUGGAAUACUUCUCGACGAACGAUCAGCAGGCUGCACGGCUCUUGUGGAUCUUACGCGCCCUCCAAGAUGUUGUCUUGAAGCAGGCGAAUGACGGGGUUGCAGCCACGGGAAGCAUCAACCCGUCUCGGUAUUCGUAUCAUAUGGGGGUUGGCAACGACAGCGCAGAACCGUUUUGUAGCAUUCUUGCCAGAGCCUCAGUUUCUACCAUGGACAACUCUGAAGCCGGUGGAAGCAGUCACUGGCAGGACAGGAGAGGCAGAAACAGCUCGGUUCCAUGCCCUUGGUAUAGUUUUCAGUCUCAAAGCCGGAGUCAUCCGUUGCGGAACGAGUCUGUGGCGGCAUAUGGGGUGGGGACAGGUGCUCCACGUAAUACACAAGUGCUGACACCUAGUCAAGAGUCACAUAGUGGUCCGACGGGGCACUUUGGAGCGACAACUGUUCAGCCUCUAUCUUCAGAAGGGCAUCCGCCAAUACCUCUAGCCCCAAAGCCGCCGACAUAUCGCCAGGGGCAGCAGCACCUGGAUGGCAGCAUAUAUGAACCGGUCGGCAGCGGUCCGACUGAGACGUUGGAUACAGACACAGAUGAUCUCGACUUUGAGUGUCUCUACGACUGGUCUGGUGGCGAAGGGACGGAAGUUGAACGCGGGGGUAGUAGCACUGCGGACACGGUUGUUGCAGCUGUCUCAUCAUUCUCUCCAGGAACGCCACAGCGUCUUGUCCUUGGCGCCAACUGCGAGUUUCCAACUCCUCAGAGCACGGGAAGAUUUGAGAGAGAUGACGUGCCCAAGACCCCGCCGCAUCCUCCACUUCAGCCCGUCUACUCCGACUACACCAUGCACGCGAGUAUCUGUGCCGGAGGGUGGAAUACGACAGGGCCUAGUGCCAGCGGAACGACGAUGCCGCACGAUGUUUCAUUGUACCGGACGACUGACACUGAAUAG